UCAUAAACUCGGUUGUCGAAUUUAUCCUCAAUCAAGUCAAACUACCUGCGUUUGUUUAGCAACUGAAAAUAUUAAAAAUUCUUUUAAUUUGUGACUUAACUUCUCAGCUACUCUUUAGCUGUCGAGUUUAUCGAUAUCAUUUAAGUCCAUUACAGGAACUUUAUUAAAACUAACCGGUCAAAUGAAUAUAAAUAAUGGGGGAUCUUGUGAAUCUUCUUUACCCGGUGUGCCAACUCACGUAUACUUACUACAAACGGAUACCGGUAUAAAUUUAAGUUUAAAUGAACAAGUACUGCCUCUCCACUUAUUAGAUAAUAGUUUGGACUAUUGUCGAAGUCCAUUUCUAUCGCCAUUAGCAACAAAACGGCGAGAUGUUGAGGAUCGGCUUCGUGAAUUAACUGGUCCAUAUCAAGAACCAGGUAAAGCCAUGGGUUUUCGCAUAGAAAAAAGUGGCCAGAAUGCUGAAAAUCAAAUGGAAGUCUUCCCAGAGAAAUCACAUUCAUUGCUAUGUGACACAAAACUAUCAGAAAUACUUAGACCUGAUAUAAGAAAAGAAGAUGAAGUAAACAGGUCUCCAAAAAAUUAUGUUCAAAUAUUGGAUCGUGUAGUACUGCCGCGUGCACUCGCGGUCCUUCCCAGCAUACUUCAAAUACAAAGACGGGAGACAAUCACCGCCCGCCGAACAUUACCCGCACAUGCACGAUUUGGACCUGUACAAGGGAUAAAGAAGAAUAUAUCACAAGCCGAAGCUGUUCAACUUGUGUUGAAUGCGACAUCAAAUAAAAAGCCCUUAUUUCUGACAAAGAAUAAUGACUCUGAUGGUAACUGUAUCACACAUAUUGAUACAUCUGAUAAAGAUAAAUCAAACUGGAUUGGCUUGUUACCACUAGGGGAUAAAAAUACGGCCAAUGUUUGGCUAUAUGAAGACAAUAAUGAUUUAUUUGCAAUAACUACAGAUAGUAUACCAUUGAGAAAGCCGUUAAUGCUUGGCUAUAGUAAAAAGUAUGCUGAUAGCUAUGGACUCAUAGGACCUACAAAAGAUAUUGAAAUAGAAAACCAGUCGAACGCGCCUGCUUUAUGGUGCUCCGAGUGUCAACGCGCCCUACCAUCAGCGAAACUACUGCAGCGACAUGUAGACAUGUAUCAUAAGGACGACAAACUUAUACCAAGACGACGAUAUCGAUGCCGUCACUGUUCACGAACAUUUUCUAGAUUAUUUUCAUUGAGGCGGCAUAUACUCAUUCAUUGUCCAAAUAAAGUCGAGAAAAAACAGCCAGAACCAAAAACUGAAUCGGAACCACAAAUAAAUUUCAACACAAGUAUUGCUUCUGAAGACCAUAGAAUACCCUCAGACGAAAGCUUUCAAAACUAUUCAAAUGGGUUGGACUUUUCCACGAAUCUCUUUGACACAGACCGAAUACCUAGUCUGGAUAUAUCAGGAAAUUCCAGAUCUGACAAUGAUUUUAUACCCUACGGAAUUGGAUUUAAAGACGAAAAUACCGAAAACGAUUUGGAGUUUCAUAUUAAACACGGAAAAAAUGAAAAUGUAUCUGAGGAAUCAGAACAACUCGUGGAACAAUUACUCGUAUCAUGCCCAUAUUGUAAACAAGUUCUAGUCAAAGAGAAUAGACGACAACAUUUAAGCGAUUGUCCUGGACGACGAUUUGAAUGUGAGUGUAAGAAGGUUUUCAUGGAUAAAAAAAAACUGGCUCACCAUAUUUAUAUACAACACUCCAAUGAAAGUUCAGCACAAAAUGAGACUGAAAAUUCUCCAGUUAUAUCUACAAAAUCUGAGCCGGAAUCUACACUUUACAAGUGUGAACAGUGUCAACACACAUUCAAGCGUCGAGGAAUGUUGGUGAAUCACUUGUGGCGUGUUCAUAACACAGUAUCGGCCAAGAUACCUCUAGAGCGGCGUGUGCGUCACUACCCUUGCGGGAUCUGCCCCAAGAUCUACCGGACGGCGGCGAAACGCGACCGACAUUUGCAUCUACAUCAUCCAGGCGCUCCAGGUACGCGGGCGGCGGUGGAGGGCGGCACGCGCGUGUGCGAGCCGGCGGCCUGCGCGGCCUGUCCGCGGCAGUACGUCACGCGCGCCAAGCUGCUGCAGCAUCAGCGGGCCGCGCACCCACAUCUGGUAGGCUGGUACACGGUGGAGCGGAGAGGGCAUCAAUUAAAUAAAAUAUUAACUACGCAAUACUUUAUUCGCACUCCACAAGUUUUUUUAUAUUUAAGAUAGACUACACUGUGUCGACAAAAGUAAUAGACAGUAUCCUUUAUAACCGAGUGGUAUAAUCACAUUGCCAA